AUGGAAGCCAGUGGAUGCAAAGUUCCAACAUCAGACAAUUCUUCAUUGUCAUCUAUCAUCUUCCUUGUUUUCUCAGCACUGGAGGCUCUCGUUGGGAUGGGGCUGAAUGCUUUGAUUGCCGUGGUGAGUUGCACCCAUGGGAUGAAAAACAGACAGCUGAAAUGUGUCGAUAAAAUCUUGACUGCUCUGGGCGUCUCCAGGUUUUGCCAACUGUCCAUAUUCAUAGUCAAGAUUAUCUGGAUGACCAUCUCUUCUACAAAUUUUGAAAUGACCCGCAUGUAUCAUCUGGUCAAAGGUACCAUCUGGUUCCUAACCUCUAUCUGUUUCAACUUCUCAGCCUGCCUGUGUUUCUUUUAUUGUGUAAAAAUUGCAAACUUCAGGCACCGCCUGUUCAUUCACCUGAAGAUGGAAAUCUCCAGACUGGUACCCUGGAUGCUCCUCGUUUCUGUGUUUGCAUCACUGGCGAACACUUUCCCUUUUUUCCAUGGUCUUUAUAGUAUCACUUGCAAAAAUAAUACUGGUUACGGCACCUCAGGAAACCAAACACUCGAAGAUCUUACUCUGGAAACAAAUUUGGUUUACCUGUUUGUGUUUUGUGGCACGGGGUUUUCGGUGGCGUUCUCCAUGUCCAUCACCUUGUCCGGCCUCUUACUCUUUUCUCUAUGGAGACACACCCACCUGAUGCAGAAUGGCUCGACCAGUUUCAGCGACCUGAGCAUGGCCGCCCAUUUCAAGGCCGUGAAAACGAUAAUGCUGCUCUUGAUCGUUGAUAGCGUUAAUUUUGUAGGGUUGAUGAUCCUGCUGUCCAACAGGUUUUCAGAGAGAACUCCUAUAAACCAGCUUGUCACGAUUGUCGUCUUUGUAUGCCCCACCGUACAGUCCCAGAUAAUGAUCUGGGGCAAUCCCAAACUGAAAAAAGCAUUCACCAGAGUGAUAGAUUGCAUCAGGCACAUGUUCUUGGUUUGA